CGCGUAGUUUUUAUAUACUGGAUGACUUGCCAAUGUUGAAGGCUUUGGUCGAGUAAGACCGUCUUGUCUUGUGAAAGUAUAACUCCAACCAGUUGCAUAGACAGUGGAAGGUGAAACGCGCUUCAGUCAACUCGCAUCCAACAAAGAAGAAAUGAGAGCUUUGUGAAAGCGCAGUCGUUGCUGCCCCCGAGUGGCGCACCAGUGCAACUGCAGUGCUCCAGGGUCAGCGGCGCUCUGUUUGUGUAUGUGGAAUGCGGGUCAAGCGGAACUCCCGGCCCAAACUGCUCUCCAGAUCAAGUCCAAAGCGCGGCUUGCCUCCCACUGACGCUCUCUCUAAGGCCAGGCGUCGUCUGAGGGGCCACCAUGAAGAGAAUCCGACACCCCAGCAGCAGCGAUGACUCUGACAAUGGAAGGAAGAAAAAGAACUGCAAAUUGAAAAGUAAGAGCAAGAGGAAAGCCAUCAGGAGACAGUGUAACUCGACUUGCUGGUCGCAGAACUCAUCACAGCCCAGGAGAGGGACUGGACAGAAACCUUCUGAAGUUUUCAGGACGGAUCUCAUCACAGCCAUGAAGAUCCAUGAUUCAUGCCAACUUAACCCAGAGGACUUUUGCGUCCUUGCGGACCCAUGGAGGCAGGAGUGGGAAAAGGGUGUCCAGGUCCCUGUCAGUCCUCAGUCCAUCCCGCAGCCUGUUGCCAGAGUUCUGGCAGAGAAGGAGAAGGAAGUCAUGUUCACACGACCAAAGAAAUUGAUUCGGACAUCGGGUACUGAGGCGCUGGGCUACGUGGACAUCCGGACUCUGGCAGAGGGGAUGUGUCGGUACGAUCUGAACGAAGAAGACGUUGCAUGGCUGCACAUCAUCAACCAAGAAUUUGCCAAAAUGGCUUUGCCUCAGCUGGACGAGAUCAGCAUGGAGCGGGUGAUGGAAGAGUUUGAACGGUGUUGCCACGAGAACAUGACACACGCCAUGGAGACCGAAGAGGGUCUGGGCAUUGAGUACGACGAAGACGUCGUUUGUGACGUGUGCCAGUCACCUGACGGGGAGGACAAUAACGAGAUGGUGUUCUGUGACAAGUGCAACAUCUGCGUCCACCAGGCGUGUUAUGGCAUCCAGAAAGUACCAAAAGGCAGCUGGUUAUGUCGGAUCUGUGCCCUUGGCAUUGUGCCAAAAUGCCAGUUAUGUCCAAAGAAGGGCGGCGCGAUGAAGCCGACCCGCAGCGGGACGAAAUGGGUCCACGUCAGUUGUGCCUUGUGGAUUCCCGAGGUAAGCAUCGGGAAUCCGGAAAAAAUGGAACCAAUUACCAAUGUGUCCCACAUUCCCAGCAACAGAUGGGCUCUGAUCUGCUGCCUCUGCAAAGAGAAGACCGGAGCGUGCAUACAGUGCUCAGCCAAAAACUGCCGGACUGCCUUUCAUGUGACCUGCGGCCUCCAUGCCAGCCUCGACAUGAGCACCAUCCUCACCGAAGAGGACGAGGUCAAGUUCAAGUCCUUCUGUCCCAAACAUUCAGGGCUCGAAGGCGCCGAGUCCAAGGAACAAGAUGAGGACGAGGAAGAGGACGACUGCGUAAAAGAGCAGACGGGAAAGAGAAAAGGACGAGUCCGAGAGGAGCAAGGCGCCUCUUGCUCGUCAUCCAGCCUCCUCCUACAACCCAGCCAGCCACGGACGUCCAGUGAGCAGGAGAAGCAGGUCAACCUGCGAAAACUCAAGCUGCAGGAGAUGGAGGAGGAGUUCUACCAGUUCGUUCAGGUGGAGACGGUGGCGAGGGAGUUGAAGGUGGCACCGGAAGCGGUGGACUUCCUCUAUCAGUACUGGAAACUGAAGCGCAAAGCCAACUUCAACCAGCCACUUCUCACUCCCAAGAAGGAUGAGGAAGAAAGUCUGGCACGCCGUGAGCACGAGGUGCUGCUGAGGCGCCUUCAGCUCUUCACUCACCUGCGGCAAGACCUGGAGAGGGUGAGAAACUUGACCUACAUGGUGACGCGGAGAGAGAAGUUAAAACGCUCCAUAUGUCGAGUCCAGGAGCAGAUCUUUCAGCACCAAGUGCGACUCUUGGACCAGGAGCUGCUUCGAGGCAAUCCAUCAUCCAAGGGUUUGGAGAAGUUGGCUUCUCAUGACAGCUCGACAUCUCAGGGUUCCCAGUCUCGCUGGGGUCACAGUGGGCUAAAGACCAAACGAUCUUUCAAGAAGGAAAAGAGGAAAAACCAGGACAAAAUGGUUUCUCCCUCUCAGCACUCUGAGGAGGCGGAUCCAAAAAUCCAGCUCCAGAGUUUGAACAGAGAGUCAAAGCAGGACAUGUUGAGGACGUCUGUUCUGAAUCGACGGAAGAAGGAGUCGGAGCAGCAGAGGAUGGAGAGCGUGAAUGGCCAGUGGAGACACAAGUUGGCCGCCGGCAAUUUGGAGAAAUCUGUGUCAGUGCGGCUGGUGGACAUCAAACACUCCGACUUUCAAGGUCGGUGUGUUAAUGGCAGAGCGUCCCAACAGGCGCCCUCCUCAGUGGACCUCAACACGCCCAUCUCCAAACCUCAGUGCGAGGUGGUGAACGGCUGCCUGAGGAAGUCGGCGCACGCCAACGGCUCGCACCUGUCUCACAGCGGACAUCUCAAAGGCUGGGGGAAGUUCCGCAUCCCCAAAAGGAGCGAGAGGAGUGCGAAAGAGCUGCUGCGGCCCUUGACCAACACGCCGGAGCCCUCGCAGCCUAGGACGCGGCUCCGCGCCGCGCCCGACCACGACGGCUACGACUCCAAAUCCGCCGUGGAGCCGUGUUUGAAAAGAUGCCACUCUCACCAGCUGCGCGGCGACUCGGCCCUCACCCGCCGCUACGUGUCGGAUAUCAUCCGCCGAGGCGUGUUUGCCUCCUGAGAGCACCUCCGCCACGUCGUCAGACGAAAAUCAACAAUUGCUCUUUAUUUUUCUUGAUGAAUACUGAGAAUGCCUAGUUUAUAAAGAGAGUUGAUAUUUAUUUUUUAUUCGUAAAAAUUGUGAGACUUUAUUUUGAGCUAGUUUUAUUUUUCCAAUAGUAGAAUGAUGUCAAGUUGCCACUUAAUAUGCUUGCAGAUGUGAACAAGCAUCACUGAGAGACAUUGUGAUUGUUGCUUGGGACCAUGAGCUUGGAGUUUUUCUUUAAGUAUUAAACCCAGUCAGUUGCACUUCAUCACACAGCCCAUCACAACCGACGCGCACUCGAAGCUUCAUCUGGUGUGAAACACAGUUUGACUUGGCGCUUUUCUUUUUAACACCGCUCCUCACCACAAGCUCAACAUCCAGACACGCCACCCAAAUCCGAACGACGCCGACGUCAGCACUUAAGUGUAAUUGAACCCAUCAUGUGCCUAAAACUUUGAUUUGAAGCAUUUGCACUACAAGAGGACGGCACUGGUGCGGGUUCUGACCAGUUAUUUUUACAAAUGAAAUUUAAUAACGGCUCCUCUUCAGCCGCUGCUGUACUACUGUUGUUAUGCAAAGUGAGUCUCCGUUUGUCUGAAAAAGGGAAUAAAGACUCCGAAGAA